AUGGAGGGGACGCUGGUGGUCGCGUGGCGGAGGCUGCGCGGCCAGGCCGUGGCCCAGGAACGGGCGGCCAUGGCCCGCCGCAUCGAGGCCGCGCUCCAGGAAGCGAAGAUGGCGUUAUCUGGAGACGAGGCCAGGCUUCAGGAUGUGCAGAGGCUGCUCAGGAGAAGGCAACAGUGCAUGGUAGCCCAAGUUGCUGCCUUGUAUCCUGUGAGAGUCUUCUAUGAUCAGGCACAGCAUGCAGAAAACCGUUGUCAGUCAGAAUCCAUUACUCGUACUCCUCUCUUGAAGAAUAAUGUUUAA